AUGAAGAAAUUCACUACUCUCAAACUGGCAACAGAAACUUUGAUAGUUCUACCUUUAGGCUCCCAUAAUUUCUUUGAGAUCUGUCACGCAUUUGCAAUUACUAGUCGCCACUUAAUAUGCAAAAAUGACUUCAAAGAGUCAUACAACUCAAGUGAACAAUUUGAUGCACUCGUUGGUGGCAAGGAUAUAGCAGUCUCCAAUUUCUUGGUGUAUGAAACAGAAGAUCCUUCAUGUGUAACAUGUUCUAUAGAAAAAACUCUUAACACCACAAAUCUGUUUGAGUCUCAAGAAUUUCAAGCAGUGAAUGAAUGGGCCGGGUCGAAUGAUUUUAAAGUCGUUUUUGAUUCAAAGACGGACGAGUUUAACAUCGUCCAACUGACUAAGGGGUUCUUAGGAAAAAAGAACUCGGCGCUUGUGUUUGAUAUUACCGGUGGAAAACCGUUUGUGAUGGCUUUUAAGAAUGGCGUGGAGGCGGACAAAGUUUAUUUAAUUCGUGCGACAGACACUUCCGAACACACUCUUUUUUUGUUUAAUGAGAAGAAAGAAUUUCUUGGCAAACGAAAUUUCGUUCAAGGCAGUGGAGACAUAGUAAGAGGGGGAGCUAACAAUUUCAUGUAUGCAGAGAACUUCUUUGUGAUCAAUUUGUGUGGACAAUUCCAUUUAAGAAACAUGAAAGGCGUUAGCAAGAAGUACACGAACUCCCCUGAUGCUACAGAGAUUACUGGAAUACUUAGAAAGGAGGAAUAUAGAAAAGUCCGAGUCUAUGCUCUCGUAUAUAAGACGGAACAAACUGAGAACGUUUCUCUCAAACAACUGAAAGAUAUUUCGUUACCUCAAACAGUUGAAGAAAAACAGUUGAUGAUUGGAAAGUUCUUGGACUGUAUGACGCAAGUUCUAGCAAAGCGUGUUAAUACCACCACAUUGAUUUUCGAUAGUAGAAGAGGAAAGGAAAACGGAGAGCUCAAAAAUGCAAUCAAAGGUAAACCCAAUGUGAUAAUCGUGAUCAAAAUGAAAGGUGGAAAAAUAUUUGGAGGGUACUUCUCACACAUCCCUGAAGAAGGUAAAGAGGGGUGCAUCACUCUCAGACAUGAUGAUAAACACUUGCUCUUCGGGGGUGAACAAAUGAAAGUCUAUAAACCAAAACCAAAAUACAUGACAGACUUACUGUCAAUCGACUCGGACUAUGUCCUUCUGAGAAUUAACACAUGCUUUGAGGUGAGGUCGACUGGAGGAGUCAAGGUCGAUCGAAGAGAAUUGUUCAAAGAAAGGUACUUUGAUGAACCAAAUCCAAUUGAUGUUAUUGGAAUUGGAAAAUCACAAUUUGCAGAGUAUGAGUUUGUCCUUGCCUAUACAUUUGAAUGA